AUCCGGCGUCGUCCUCCGGAGUUCCUUCUCCGUAGUUCUCGUCUCUGAUCAGUACAUCGGUUGCUCUCGCGGUGAACACACUCUGGUCGCUAAGUGAGUAAACCGGUACCUCGUGACGAUUUUUAAAUCGUCAAAAAAGUGAAAAGGAUUCUCAGUUAAUGGAAAAGUAAAUAGAAUUUGUGUGGUUUGAACCUUGGUGUCUCGGCGUUCGGGUCAAGAAUAUGUUUAAAUUUUGAUCUUCGAAAACUUACGCUCGUUAGUUAACGAUUAAAGAAAAAUAUCUCCUCAAUUAGAAACAGCAGCGAAGGAUAAGUAAGCAUAGUGGAAGUAUAGUUUUUAAGUUUACACAAAAGUUUCAUUGGAGAACGUUUGCAACAAAUCUGAGAGUUAUUCAUAAUAAAGAAGAGAGUGACUACGAAAGACUAUUAUUCGAGCGAUGAGACUCACUUAGAAGAAGAUAGUCGUGAAAUAGACAAAUGAGCUCGCAGUGUUUCGAAAAGAAAAAGAGUCACAGGAUGAGAGCUGAAGAUGUGAAGGUGGGAUCGUUCCAAAUAGUUCUACUGUUUCUUUUGGGAAUGAAUUACGCCAUAGUGUCGAUGAACCAUGCCUUGCCAAGCUUUCACAGUCAUACGCCAAAUUUUUACUGCAAGGUAAAGGGCUCCGUUAAUUCCACCAACACGUGCGUGACGCCCCCAGAAAAAUCAACGCCGAAUAUGACGGGUUCGACUUCGGAUAGGAAGGCCGAAUAUUCGUCCUGCGAAACUGGCUACCGUUUCGAUUCCAUCAGAGGCGAGACUACGAUAGUUACGGAAUGGGGUCUGAUAUGCGAGAGAAGAUAUCUUCUGCCUCUGAGCACGAUGCUCUAUUUAUACGGAGUUGUAAUCGGUGCCUGGAUUGCUGGAGUCCUGACCGACCGCGUUGGGCGUCUUCCUGUUUUGGCGAUGUGCCUUUACACGCAGGGUACUUUAGCGGUUGCCCUUUACAUUAUUCAGGACUACCGCGCCUUUUUGGUUGUUCGGGCAUUGCAAGGGGUAUUUGUACAAGGGCUACAAAUCUCUACGUACACGUUACUCUUGGAACUAUUUCCAGUCAGAUCAAGAACUCUGGUGAGCAUGACUUUGCAAUUUGCUGGAGCUAUAGGGCUCCUGCUUUUGGCAGGGCUCAGCUUUGCUGUUGCAGACUGGAGGGUCCUUCAGCUAGCCACAUCGGUUCCCACGGCGGUCACCGUCCUCUACAUCUGGAUCAUACCAGAGUCGCCACGAUGGUUGCUGGCUAAAGGAAAUCUGACGGAGGCUCACAUGGCGUUGGAAAAAAUCGCGAAAUACAACACCUGCUGCAGGAAGCGCAAGGUCAAGGUGGAGGCCGAAAUGGAGGAAGGAAAUACCACAACUAUCACCGAGACCGUGACGCCAGUGAAACCAAAGCGAAAGUCUCGGGUGUCUAACGUUGACCUGAACGAAACUAAAGCGAACGAUUCUCUCACCGAGGAGGCAUCAGAUCUUUUGACGACUCCAGAGCUUUGCGACGGCAGAAUAAUGUUGGACCGUAAAUUCGUUAACGUCAAGGAAGAGAAUAAUUUGCUUACACCGUCGGAAAGCCUGGAGCAAAAGAUAUCAAAUUUAGAGAUGCAGAUGGAAUUUGAAAUGACUGGGGAUGAAGCAACGGGGGAAAGACAAGCCACGCCACCGCCGCCCGCUCCUUUAACCCCUACUGGCAAGGACUCUCAAUCGAAUAAUGGUUCCGAUGAUAAUCAAGAAGUCCCAAAAAUGAUGCCGGAGGAAAUAGUUGAGCUUAGAACAGCGGAAGCGGUGCCGCAGAAGGAAGGUGAGGCCACGAACGAGUCGUUGGAAAAAAAAAAUAAAGAAGACAUCGAAAAUAAAAGUGAAGUAGUAGCAAAUAACCAGACCUUCCUACAACUACUAAGACGAUCAGGACUUCGGAGGAAUUGCAUAAUACUGAUAGUCGUAUGGUUCAGCGUUUCUCUUUCCUAUUGCGGUUUAGUCUUUCAAUUACCGGAUAUAAGCGGCGACAGACACGUAAACUUUGCAAUCGGCGGUUGCCUGGACCUGAUUGCAUACGCGCUCACCCACUUCGUGCUGAUAAAAUGUGGAAGGCGUAUUCCUCUCGGUAUUUAUCUGAUACUGAGCGGAGCUACUUGCAUCGUAAUCGCUGCCAUCAGCAUGCCAAUGCAUGAAAAUUCGUCCUGGACGGGACCAACGAAACUAACGCUGAUUCUGAUUGGAAAAGGAGCAAUGGUGAGUUCCUUGGCAGUGACAUACUUGUACACUGUUGAAUUGUUUCCGACUGUUUUGCGAGGUACGUGUUUGGGAUAUUGCGAAAUUUUCGGCAGAAUUGGCACUUUGAUAGCACCGCACUUUACAGUACUGGGCACAAAAACAUGGGUCGCAGUACCGAUUUCGAUAAUGGGAACACUGUGCAUUGUGUCGGGAAUCUUGAGUCUGGCUCUUCCAGAAACGCUGAACAAUCGUCUGCCCGACACUAUUGAGCAAUCGGAAGGUUUAUUUAACAAAAAUUGCGUCAAGUGUUAUAGUAACGAAGAGGGAUCGGCGAGAAAAACGAAUAACAAACGGCGCACCGCACUCGACGAACAAAACGAGCGUGACAUACUAAGGGAGAAAUUAUUUAACGACGAUAACGAUGGAAAAACAUGGGUAGAAGCCGGAAAUGGAAUUAUUGUUAAUUUUUCUGACGGAAAGAAUACAGAGUGAAAAUCCGGAAUGACGGAAAUAAGGAGUCGAUGAUGAGUUUUGUAAAUAUAAUAAUAAUAAUAAUAAUAAUACCAACAGUAUAUAUACGUAUGAUAAAUAAAUUAUAGAGGCUAAGAAAUACCAAAGUAUUUAGCGCUAUUUAAUAAUUGUAGAUAAAUUAUCGUCAUAUAAUCGAACAGUACAGGUAUCUUUUUUCGAAGUGCAUCAUAUUUAAACCAUGUAAGAUUAAUGCAGCAGUGAAAUAUUUGUGUAAACAAUUUUCAGCGUAAGUGU